AUGGUCGAGACUGAGCGCUCGGAGCGGUCUGAUGGAGCGCUGAAAGGCAGGCUGUUUGAUGUAGGAGAGUUUGGCACCCUAGCCCAGGGACAGGGACAGGGACAGGCUGUGUGUGCAGUGGGAAUGUUUGAGCUCCAGAUCCGUCACUUCCAGAACCCCCAUGGUGUGCUGCAGAGUGGGGAGUGCUGUGACCUCCAGGCCACCGGGGGGCAGCGCUGCUCUCUCACGGACCAGUGUGACACCUUCUUCAGGGCCUGCCUCAAGGAGUACCAGGCCCGGGUCGUCCCCACAGGAGCCUGCACCUUCGGGGCGGGCAGCACCACCGUCCUGGGGGGCAACACCCAAUCCCUCCGUCAUCGAGGGCACGACGGAGGAGGAAGAGAGGAUGUCACUACAGGGCACGUCAUCAUUCCCUUCAAAUACGCCUGGCCGAAAUCUUUCUCCUUGGUGUUAGAGGCUCUGGACCAUGACAACGAAACAUCAGAAUCAGGUCAGGCUGGUCUGAUCGAGCGUGUCCUCCUGUCCUCCAUGUUGAAUCCCGGGGAGCAGUGGCAGACGUACCGUCACCACGGGCGCACGCUCAGCCUGGAGUACCGCCUCCGGUACCGCUGUGACUCCAACUACUACGGCCCCUUCUGCAACAAGUUCUGCCGUCCCCGGGACGACUUCUUCGGACACUUUGGCUGUGACCUCAGCGGCAUCAAGGUCUGCAAGGAGGGCUGGACCGGACCGGAGUGUCAAGAAGCGGUGUGCAGACAGGGGUGUCACCAGAUCCAUGGCUCCUGCACUGUGCCUGGAGAAUGCAAGUGUCACUAUGGCUAUCAGGGUGCUCUGUGUGACCAGUGUGUCACGUUCCCAGGCUGCGACUAUGGCAGCUGCGUUGAACCCUGGCAGUGUGUGUGUGACGUCAACUGGGGAGGCCUGCUGUGUAACAAAGAUCUGAACUACUGCGGUACCCACCAGCCCUGUAAGAACGGGGGCACCUGUUCCAACACAGAGCCUAACGAGUACCAGUGUGAGUGCCAAGAGGGCUUCCGCGGGCGCAACUGUGAUAUCGUGGAGCAUGCGUGCCUCUCCUCCCCCUGUGUGAACGGGGCCACCUGUGCGGAGGACCCGUCAGGUUUCAGCUGUGUCUGUGCGGACAACUGGACCGGACACACCUGCGCAGACGUGGUGCGGCAGUGUGACUCUAAACCGUGUGGGCGCGGAGCAACGUGCCAGGAGUCUCCGGAGAGGUUCCAGUGCCUCUGCCCCCCCGGCUGGACUGGCAGAACCUGCCGACUAGACACCAACGAGUGUGACAUGGGUGUGUGUGUCCAUGCCCGCUCCUGCCGUAAUCUGAUUGGUGGAUACCUGUGUGAUUGCCUGCCAGGCUGGGCGGGGCCAAACUGUGACAUCAGGAACAGCAGUUGCCAGGGGUUGUGUCUAAACGGAGGUCACUGUGAGGACUCUGUGUCAGGCUCACGCUGCCUGUGUGUGCCUGGUUUCUCUGGGAAGCACUGCCAGACUGGCCCCAGUCCCUGUGAUAGCACCCCCUGUCAGCACGGAGGCCAGUGUGUGGACAAGGAGGGCAGGGAGGAGCUGUGUAGCUGUCCGAUCGGCUACUCAGGGACGUACUGCGAGGUGGUGGUGGAUCUGUGCAAUCCCAACCCAUGCCAGCAGGGGGUGCCCUGUCGGAGCACCGAGGGGGGGUACAUGUGUGCCUGCCCCGAGGGUUACUAUGGUAACGAGUGCACAAGCCUUAAGGACCCCUGUCAUGGCCAACACUGUCCAGGUGCCAUGUCGGACCCAGCUCGUGGAGGGGUCAAUCUCUACAUGGUGUUGGUGGGUGUGUCAGCGUUACUAAUGGCGUGCGGCUGUGCAGCUUGCGCCCUCUUCCUGUCCCGUCUCCACCGACGACGGAAAAAGACGCAGGGCGGGCCCCAGGAGGAGGGCAUCAACAACCAGAGGGAGUUUGUCACCCUCGUCCGAAACCUAGACCGCCCCGCACCCCUCCUGCCCCCUCUCACCCUCAACACCACCGCCCACACCCCUGUCCCUGUACCGCGCUGCUGCGAGGAGAUCGAGCUCACUCUGCCCCCCUCCCCGGCCCACUCACAACUCUCCCCUGCACUCAAACCCUCAACCCCCGCCGCCAAACAGGACAUCUCCAACCUGGAGAGGGAGAAGCUCAACCGCUUCCACUACUCAGACAAUCAGGAACUGGAGGUGUGA